GCAGACCCCAGCAACUUUCUCACCUGAGCCCCGAACCCUAGCUUUCUUUUUAUCCUGGCUGCACCGGAUCACCGGCGUGCCCCACCAUGUUGCACGAGGCUGUGGAUACCAACUCCAAGAUCACCACCAAGGACUUGAAGAAGAAGGAAGUGGUGGCGGAGGCAGAGAAUGGAAGAGACGCCCCUGCCAAUGUGAGUGCCAAUGAGGAAAAUGGGGAACAGGAGGCUGAGAAUGAGGUAGAUGAUGUUGAUGAAGAAGAAGGUGGGGAGGAAGAGGAGGAGAAGGAAGAAGAUGAUGGUGAGGAGGAGGAUGGAGAUGAAGAUGAGAAGGCAGAGGCAGCUACAGGCAAAAGGGCAGCUGGAGAUGGUUAG